AUGGCGGCCUGCACACGUGGAGUUUGUAGGGUGCGUUCCCUUCAAGCCACGUUUGGAGAAUUUGAAUCCAGGAUGAAAAUUGCUCAGCAGAAGCAGGAGGUUACUGAGAAGGCUGUUAAACAAGGGGAGAGUGAAAUAAACCGGAUCAGUGAAGUGCUUCAGAAGCUGCAAAAUGAAAUUUUGAAAGACUUGUCUGAUGGCAUCCACAUGGUGAAGGAUGCAAGGGAACGAGACUUCACAUCUCUGGAAAACACAGUGGAAGAGAGACUAACGGAGCUAACCAAGUCUAUAAAUGAUAACAUUGCUGUAUUCACUGAAGUCCAGCAAAGGAGCCAAGAUGAAAUCAACAAUAUGAAAGCAAAGGUUGAUUCACUAGAAGAGGCAGAUGUGUAUAAACAUGAAAUUAAGGUGCUAAAAGAUGCUUUUGAUGACAUGCAAGCAUCCAUGAAAACCAAAGAAAAUGACAUAGAGACCUUGAAGAGUACAAUACACUCCAUGGAGUCUGAUGUGUAUACUGAAGUGAAAGAGCUAGUCAACCUCAAACAAGAACAUGAGAAAUUCAAAGAGGCUGCAGACUCUGAACACCUUUCAUUAAAAGCUUUACAAGAAAAAGUUCUGAGAGCUGAGGAUUCUAUUAUGCAGCUCCCUGGUGACAUUAAAAGACUCGAUGAAGAUUUACUGCAAGUUAAAGCUGACCUCAACAAAUGGGAAGAAAAUGAACUGUUCAGAAAAGCAGUAGAAACUUUUGGGAAGAACAGUGAAGGACUGGAGUCUCGACUGAGACACAUAGAAGACAGCCUGGAGUCUCUAACUUCUGUUGCUGCUCAAAACAGUGAAAAGUUGCAAUCUUUCCUUUCUAAGGAGGCAGAAUAUGAGAAUAAGCUCAGUACCCUAGAACAAAGCAUUACUGCUCUUCAGGGAAUCUCAGAUAUGGACGUAACUUCAGUCACAGACAUUCUGAAAAAUCUUGGUGAAUCACAGACCUCACUGUACAAUGACGUGGAAAGCUUGAGGAGAAGCAUCAGUGACCUGCCAUCCUCUGGUGCUCUUCAGGAUGUCCAGAAGCAAAUUAGUACUUUGUUGGAUCAAGGAAGUCUUCAGACAAGUCAAGCACACUCUGAAGGCUAUCUUGAAAAAUUUUCUUCUGUGGAAGGCUCUGUAGAUGAACUGAGAUCCUCUGUCAGCCAGGUUGAUUCUGAUUUGAAAAUGAUAAGAACUGCAGUGGAUAGUUUAGUCUCCUACUCAGUGAAAAUUGAGAAUAAUGAGAACAACUUGGAGUCUGUGAAGAGCUCAAUAGAUGACCUGAGGAAUGAUCUGGAAAGGUUGUUUGUGAAAGUAGAAAAAAUACAUGAAAAAGUUUAG